CUGCCAUUCAUUCGGCUGCUGGAGAAGCUCUUGCAUGUAUCUAGCUUUGCGUUUGGAGGUGGAGGAGAUCUCGUAAGCUUUGGAAUGAAGUGUGAAUGAUGAGGGAUGAUGAUCGGUUAAUUGCCGUAGCUUCUGAUACUAAAGUCUGUCAUAUUGUGGAAGUAGGUUAGUUCGAAUGAAAGUGCAGCAGUGUAUCAUCCUCUGCCUCUGCCUCUGCCUCUCUCUCUCUCUUUUCUCUCCUUGUAUAGAGAAGGCGCCUUGACUUCGCCGCAGACUUCCUCAUUGCACGUAAAGAAGGGCUUUUUGACCGAGGUGUGCUGCCUUAGACGACGCACUCGAGCUGGUCUGAAGAAGCCGUACCUGAGCUAGAGGCAGAGGAGCCAGAGGAACCGGGCUAGAUAGGCCAGGCCGGCAGAAAGGAGAGGCAGAGAGGGGGAGAGAGAGGAGGGGAGAAGCAAGAAAGAACUUGUUCAGAGAGGUAGGAGGAGGAAAGAAAAGCAAGAACGAACAAGAGAGAGAGAGAAAAGAUCCGUGAAGGAAGUGAGGAAGUGAGGUAGACAGAAUGAGAGAGAGGCUACGCUGAGGGGCUACCGUGAGGAAAAUGUACUGUACACAUGUGUGAGAGUGUGUUUGGGUGAGCGAGAGAGCAUGUGUGUGUGUGGUUAGAUACAGAGUGACCUUCUCCUCAUUAGAAGAAAUGUCUCUGAAGCUGCCUCGCAACUGGGACUUCACCACCCUCCGCAGUGAGACUGCCAGGAUAGCGAGGUCCAAAAGCGUGGUGCCGGGGGACGGGGUCCCGGGGUCCGGCCGGGCUGACGUCAGGAGAUCCAUGGAGAAGCCUCUGAAGAAAGGCUGGCUGAAGAAGCAGAGGUCGAUCGUGAAGAACUGGAAAAUGUGCUACUUCGUGCUCAGAGGGAACACCCUGACUUACCACAAAGAUGACCGAGAGAGCGCCAUACAGGGAACAAUACCGCUGUGGGCAAGUCAAGUGAACGAACUGCCUACAAACGCAGAUGACAAAUUCAUCUUCGAGAUCAUCCCACGCAGUAACGGAGACCGCGAGCGGGAUGGUUGCGUUCUCAUGGCGACCAGUCAGAGCGAGAUGGAGGAGUGGGUCCGCUUGAUCCGCCGAGCCAUCGGAGCACCGAGUAGCGGAGUGUUUGGGAAGGGUCUGCCAGAUAUCAUGGCCUAUGAGAAGAAGCUAGGACCUCGCUUGGUGCCAAUGCUGGUGGAGAAGUGUGCAGAGUUCAUUAAGGAGCAUGCCCUGGAAGAGGAAGGCAUCUUCCGUCUGCCGGGCCAGGAGAACCAGGUCAAACACUUCAGAGAGGCCUUCGAUGCUGGAGAGAGGCCUUCAUUUCCCAGUGACACUGAUGUCCACACGGUGGCGUCCUUACUCAAGCUGUACCUGCGGGAGCUGCCUGAACCUGUGGUGCCGUGGACUCAGUACCAGGACUUCCUGGACAGCAGCCUGAUGCUGGACGCCACGACGGCGGCGGGGAAGGAGAAGCUGGAGAAACAGAUCAGUUUACUUCCAAAAGUCAACUACAACCUCCUCAGUUACAUCUGCAGGUUCCUCUUCGAAGUGCAGCAGCACUCAAAGGUCAACAAGAUGAGUGUGGAGAACCUGGCCACGGUGAUGGGGGUGAACCUGUUCAAACCACAAGUGGACGAUGCGAUCAGCAUGAUGAAGGGAACUCCAAUGAUACAGAAGGUGAUGACGGUUAUGAUUAGGCAUCACGAGCUGCUCUUCCCUCCCUCUAAAGAUGUUCCUCCAUCUCCACCUCCAACCAAGAAGGCUAAGAGUCAGAAGGCCAGCAACCCACGCAGCUUUGUGGGCUGGGAGUCUGCAGAGUGUGAGGUGUCGUCCCUGUCCGAGUCUCCGGAGGAAGAGGAAGUGGACACGCCGGAGAUUGAGAGGAGGGGACAGCAGUCCUUUGAGGCUGGGUCAGACGGUGCACCCCUGUCUCCAUCCUCUCCGUCUUUAUCUCCUACUACGACGGACGCAUGGUCCGGAAGCCCCAGGAAGCGCACACAGACACUGCCCAGCAUGGGUGGCCCUGGAGUGGGGAAAGUGUCUCGAGAGCCAGCCUGGGACCGCUGGAGCAGACUGCCGGAGAGUUUCGACGAGAAAGAUGAGAAAACGUUGUCGGAGGACAUCUUCAAAAUCCUGGAUCUGCAGAAGGUCUCGCUCUUCUCCGGAAAACAGAGCAAUGAGGAGAAAAGUGGAGGUGACGAUCCAGCGCUGGAAAGGAGGGGGAGUGACGUCACAGUUAAGCAGAUAGAACCUCCAGAAGUAAAGGUGGAACCCAAAGCCACACAGCAGAGCGCAUCAACCCCGGGCAAGGAGGAGCAAGCAGCACCCAGUGCAGCACCCACUGCAGCAGCGGCUCCGUCACAGAAUCUUGCAGCCAACCAGAAGGAUGAUGCAACUGACCAACAGCAACUUAUCAUCAGUCUCCAGCAGAGGAACAAGGAGUUGAGCGCGACAGUGGUGGAGCUCCAGUCAGCGCUGGAGGCCGAGCGACGCUGUAAAUCUGCUCUGGAGAUCCUGUUGCGUAACGCAGAGCGCAGCCGGGAUGAAGCCCUGAAACGCAACGAGCAGCUGGACCGCGAGAUCCAGGAAUUCCUCAGCAAGGCCAGACCCGGGCCAUAGCACUGCCAUCAGCCAAGGCUUCCUAGCACUCCGUCGAUGCCCAUAUGAUGUCCAUACGGUUGGAACUGACUGGCAUGAUAUGGAAUCAGGUUCUACACGGAUGAACUGAUAUGAAAGCUUUGGACCAGUAAUCUGUGCCAUAGAUUAAUAUUGAUGUGCUAGUCUAAUAUAUAACCACACAUUAAGGACAUUAAUAUAUGAAAUGACGUCAUUGGAUAAUGAAUAUUGGGUCCCCUCUGCGAGGUAUCUUUUAUUUUUAUAGAGAUAAUGUUUCUGAAUGCUGGGGAAACAGUUAUCGGCAGGCACCGAUAUGCGAUAUUUCUGUGAUAUAAGAGAAAUAAUGACACAGUGUUCUCCAACGAACCCACACGUUGGGCUGGUGCGCCCUGUCUUUUUGUGCCAGUGAUGAGAGUAUUAUUGCACUGUGUCCUCAUUUUAGAAUUUGCUUUUAAUAGACAUUUUAAUAAAAUUAGUUUUGCUGUUGCCAGGAACGGUUCCUCAA